UGAAGAAUAUUAUUCGCACAGCAAGCUGGCUUGCUCAGUGGUGGACUACGCCAAGAAAAUCGUUAAUUCGCGUAUUCAUACUUCACAGUUACUACUUGCAGUUUGUUGAUAAAACUGAAAACGCUUAACGCGCACCUAACUACUAACCUAAUGUUUAAUUUUGUGAUUACUGAUUACUGUGAACAACAGUCAUAACCAAUAUCUAAUAUCUAUUGAGUUCGAUGACUGCAUAUUAAGUGUACUGCAUUAUUUUUUGUUCUAAAUAUUUAUUAUUCAAUUCAACUGGAAAUGUGUAUUCUGUAAUUUGGACUCGGCUGAAUGAUAUGAAAUUGUCCAUUUACAAAAAGGUAUGAACUAAAUUAUUUUACCUACUAGUUAUUUGGAAGACAGUUUUUAGUCCGUAAGAUAAUGGCUGCUGAAGAAGAUACUUCUUAUACUAAAUUACCGAUUGAAGAAAGAUGUGUUCAUAAACUGUGGAAAGCCAGAAUAAGUGGUUAUGAAGAAGCUAUUAAAGUAUUUGGCCAGUUAGAUGAGAAAGCUCCAGAAUGGAACAAAUUUACAGGAAUUAUAAAGAAAUUUGUUGUUGAUAGCAACGCUGUUGCUCAGGAAAAAGGUCUUGAAGCUACAUUAGUUUUUGUAGAAAACUCUGGAACUGCUGGACGUACGGUCGGUGAUGUAGUGACUGGAUUGAUAACAAAAUGUUUUGGUGCGCCAAAAGCCAAGACAAAAGAUAUUGCAAUACAAAUUACGCUUAUGUUUAUUGAAAUUGAAAAGCAAGAUAUUGUAUUUGAAGAACUACUCAAAGGAAUGGAACAUAAAUUUCCUAAAAUUGUAUCAACUUGUAUUAAAGCAGCAACACAAGCAAUUAAAGAAUUUGGAACGAAAGUGUUAAAUAUCAAACCAGUGCUGAAAAAAUUGCAGACAGUACUUGAAGAUCGUGAUAAAAGUGUAAGAGAUGAAGCAAAACUGUUAGCUGUCGAACUGUAUUCAUGGAUUGGGCCUACUCCAGUUAAAGCUAAUUUGGCUAAUCUUAAACCUGUUCAAACUCAAGAACUAGAAGCUGAAUUUGAAAAAAUUGGCAAUGAAAAACCUCGACCAACUCGUUAUUUAAGAUCACAACAAGAGCAAGCUGCUAAAAUUGAAGAAGCUAUUGUCUCUAAUGGAGAAGCGGUCAUUGAAGAAGGUAGUGAUGAAGUUGAUGAUCCAGAAGAACAUCUUGAUCCUGUUAAUAUACUUUGUCAACUGAACAAAGAUUUUUAUGAAAAACUAGAAGCAAAAAAAUGGCAAGAACGUAAAGAAGCAAUAGAUAUGCUUGAAGGAAUAUUAUCUAAAGCUCUAAAAUUAGAAAGUGGGGAAUACGGUGAUUUGGUUAGAGCUUUGAAGAAAAUAAUUACAAAAGACGCUAAUGUAAUUAUUGUUGGAAUUGCCGCUAAAUGUAUGGCCAUGUUAGCAAAUGGUUUGAAAAAAAAAUUUGAAACGUAUGCCUCUGCUUGUUUACCUGCAUUACUAGAAAAAUUUAAAGAAAAAAAGCAAAAUGUAGUUUUACCUUUAAGGGAUGCUGUUGACGCUAUUUAUUUAAGUAUGACACUAGAGUCAGUCCACGAGGAUGUUUUAAUGGCAAUAGACAAUAAAAACCCAUCAGUUAAAGCAGAGUCUGUUGCUUUUUUAGCUCGUUGUUUUACUAAAUGUACUCCUACAAUAUUGAACAAGAAAUAUUUAAAAAUUUUCACAGCAUCUUUGAUAAAAACAUUAAAUGAAUCAGACCCAACUGUUCGAGAUAAUUCUGCAGAAGCAUUAGGAACUGCAUGGAAAGUCGUUUCAGAAAAAAAUAUUAUGCCGUUUCUAAGUGGAGUUGAUGCUAUUAAACUCGCUAAAAUUAAAGAAGCGUCUGAAAAAGCUGUAAUUACAGCAAAACCAGUUAAAGAAUCUGUUGCUAAGUCAUCUGCUGUACCUUCUUCAAAUAUAGCAGAAAAAAAACAAACUGUGAUCACUACUAAAAAUCCAUCUGCCAAAAGAACUCGCACAGCUGUAGGUGGCCCUACUAAAUCUGUGGUGCCUGCUAGUAAUAAAACUAAGAAGCCAAUGAGUGCUCCAGGUGGACGUAAAGGUGUAUUAGCUAAACCCCUUCCAGCUAUCGAAACUGAAAGAGAGAUAGGGGAUGAUGAACUUGAAGAAUUGGCAUCUUUAAUUUGCACACCUGAAAUUUUAAAUGGUAUGACUGAUGCCAACUGGAAAACACGUUUGUCAAAUGUUCAAGAAUUUUCUCAGAUUAUAGAUCAAACAGAGUCAUUAACAAUCAGCAGUCAAGUGUUGGUAAAAAUACUAAACAAAAAACCAGGAAUAAAAGAUAACAAUGUUCAAAUACAAAAAUUAAGACUUGAAUGUUUGAAAAAAAUAGUAGAAAAGUUUCCGGUUACCAGUACCAGCAUGGAAUGUUGUUUGCAAGAUGUUUCUUCUUUACUUGGAGAUGUUAAAAAUGGAAAUUUAGCAGGCCAAGUUCUCACAACAUUUGCUGAAGCAACAAGAUUAGAUUUUGUUUCUAAUGCAGUGUUAGAAUUUGCGUUUACCGUACAAAAAAAUCCAAAGGUUCAAAUUGAUGCUCUUAAUUGGCUCUCUGGAGCUAUUCUGGAGUUUGGAUUUAUCAUUGAACCUAAAUCUGUAAUGAAGAAUGUUAAAAAAGCUGUCAGUGCUUCAAAUCCCCAAGUUCGAUUGGCUGUAAUUUCACUUUUAGGAGUAAUGUAUCUUUACAUGGGACCUCAAUUAAGUUUGUUUUUUGAAAAUGAAAAACCUGCUCUAGUACAACAAAUUAAUGCGGAAUUUGAAAAACAUCAAGGUGAAGCUCCUCCUAAACCAACUCGUGGGAAAAAAAUUGAAGGUUCCAGUGAAUCCCUCAAUGCUGGUAGUGAUGAAGAGAAACCAUCUUAUGAAAUCAAUAUGCGUGAUAUUGUACCAAGAGUAGAUAUAACGCCCCAAAUAACUGAUGCAUUAAUAAGUGAACUCUCAGAUAAAGAUUGGAAGGUUCGUUCUGAUGCUUUGACUAAACUGCAAAAUAUUGUUACUGAAGCUAGAUUUAUAACGAGUGAAUUAGGGGAUGCGAGAAAAGCUCUGCAAGAAAGAAUAUGUGACUCAAAUGCUCGUCUUGCUUCUAAUGCAAUUAAUAUAGUGGAAAUUAUUGCAAAAGCAAUGGGAUCAUCGUUUAAAACUUAUAUAAAAGGCUAUUUACCUGGUAUAUUGAAUGGUUUAGGAGAUCAAAAAACUUUUAAAUGUCAAAGUGCUCGCCAAUGUAUGAAUACCAUGGCAGAUGUUUGUGGCUACCGUGAAUUUUUUGGCGGAGAUAUACUGUUAGACGCCUUAAAAAAUAAUUCUGUGACAUUACGCUCGGAAUUGUUGACAUGGCUUGGAGAAAAAUUGCCAAUUAUUCCUUCCAAGACAAUUCCAGCAGAUGAGUUGAAAGUUUUGCUGACACCUUUAUAUACAAGUCUUGAAGAUAGAAAUGCAAGUGUUCGAAGCGCUUCUGAAAAGGCUGUGAUUGGAUUUAUGAUGCACAUUGGAUAUGCUUCAAUGUAUGGAGCUUGUGAUAAAUUGAAGCCUAUGUCAGUUAAGUUGGUUAGAGAAAAGUUGGAUAAAGAAAGGCCAAAUUUACCCGUGGUACCAAUUGAAAAACCAAAAGUUGUUAAAUCAGGUCUUUCUGGUGGGACCUCAGUAAAAUCAGGUGGAUCUAAAAUACCUCCACCCAAAGCUGCUCCUAAAGCAAACAAAGAAAAUGUAGUUCCUCCUCGUGCUAGUACAGCUAUUAACAGAAAGAAAGAAGAAGUAGACAAUGGACCAUUAUUUAUUCGAAACAAUUUAAAGCAUCAGCGAGAUAUUGAUGAACAUAAAUUAAAGUCUUUGAAAUGGAAUUUUACUUCUCCUCGAGAAGAAUUUGUAGAACAACUUCGUGAGCAAAUGUUGACUGCUGGCAUCAAUAGAGUGCUGAUUACAAACAUGUUUCAUUCGGAUUUCAGAUAUCAUUUAAAAGCAAUUGAAUCACUUACUGACGAUUUAAACACAACUGACGACAACAAUAUGGCAUUAAUUAGUAAUCUUGAUUUAAUUCUCAAAUGGAUGACAUUAAGAUUUUUUGACACAAAUCCAUCAGUACUAUUAAAAGGUCUUGAUUAUUUACAAAAUAUAUUUGUUAUACUCAUGGCUCAAAAGUAUACACUUCAUGAUACUGAGGCUUCAAGUUUUGUGCCAUAUUUAGUUACAAAAUUGGGAGAUUCAAAAGAUGCUGUAAGGGAAAAAGUUAGGGCCAUACUGAAACAAAUCGCAUUUAUAUUUCCUAAUACUAAGAUGUUCCAAUACAUAAUGGAUGGAGUAAAAUCAAAAAAUUCAAGACAGCGUUCAGAGUGUUUAGAACAUUUAGCAUCAAUGAUAGAAGAUUAUGGAACAUCUAUAUGUCAACCAAGUGUUGCAGUUGCAUGCAAAGAAAUGGCCAAAAGCAUAGGAGACCGUGACAAUUCUGUUCGUACAGCUGCAUUAAACUGCUUUGUAGCAGCUUUCUUUUUACAUGGCGAAGCUCUAUUUAAAUUUGUUGGCAAUAUAUCCGAAAAAGAUAUGGGACUUUUAAGAGAACGUUUAAAAAGAGCAUCCAAGAACCGAGUAGUUCCAGUUGCAACUGUACAACCUACUAUUAAACAAGUUGCACCACCUGUUCAACAAGUACCACAAACUAAUGAAACUGUAGAUGAUGAUUAUAACUCGGAAGACGAGGAGCAUAAUGCUACAUUUAAUGUUUCCCAAGAGGUUAAUCAGGAGACAAGUCCUCAGAGGUAUACGAGUAACUCACCAGCUAGGUCUGAAAAUAGCCCUUCAUAUAGAACAGGAAGUAUUCCUAUGGCUACUGUGUCUGAACAUUCAUCAACUUUACGAUUAGGAUACAGUGAUGAAACAAUUCACAGAGUCACAUCUAGAACUGCUUCAAAAUCAUCUAACAUUCAUGAAGACACCACAUUGCUUUUUAGUCAAAACCAAAACGAUACUUCCUCUCCUGAAUCAAAUUUUAAUAAUAUUGUUAAAUCAAAUUCUCCUGAAAUGCACUGUAAAGUUUCUAAUGCAAGCUUAAUCACUAAUACCGACGUGAUAAGUCCAAUUGUUAAAGACACAAAUAUGCAUGAAACUGAAUGUGGAAAUAAAUUUGCUUCACCCUCGCUUCAGAAUUCUAAUGACUCGUUUCAGCAUUGCAAAACUCGCCGCAACAGCAUAGCGUAUGUUGUUCCAAUAUCACAACGACCGCAGACUAGUACUGAUAAUCAGUCAGUAACACGUUAUGCUUUAGAUGAAAAAUUCCUUCAAGAGUUGGAAGCCGAAGAAAUAACAAGACCAGAACUAAAAUUGAAGUCUUACAAUUGGAAUUGCACUCCUAAUGAAGAUGUUUAUAAAAGGACACUACAUACUCAUCCUCAAGCAUCUUUUGAUAAUGAUUCACCGACUAAACCGUGUGUAAAUGUGAGCCCCUAUAGUACAGCGACCAUCACAAAAAGUCCCAAAUCUUCAUCAUCAUCUUCGGUUGUUGAUCCUAUUCAAAAACUUAUUCAUCAAGUGACAUCAUCAGAUAUAGAAUGUGCUAAAGGUGCUUUGCAAAAUCUUGAUAAAAUGUUGUUGAGAGCUGAUACGAGAUCAAAGUUUUUAGAAGGUGGAAAAGUUCUAUCACUUUUUUAUGCUAUAAUUAAACAAUUUGACAACCUUUCCGAAUCUCAUGACAUUGACGUCACUGUUGGAUACAGAAAUAUUUUCAACUUGUGCCAGAAUUUGUAUAAAUAUCAAGAAUUUACAUUGAUUUUAAAUGAACAAAUUGUACGAGAUUUACUAUCAAAAUUAUUAUACUUAUUGAGCAUAAAAGGUUCAGAGAAUAGCGCGGAUACUCAACUUUUUGGUAGAUGUGUUAACAGUCUUAUUAUGAAUGUUUUGGAAAAAUCUUCUCAUACUCCGGUUACUUGUGCCCUGAUGGCUAUGCUAUAUGAUACUGUGAAGUAUCCUCAAAAUUCAACAGCUCAUUAUAAAGAACUAGUAAUGAAAUGUAUAUGGAAGAUUGUUAAAGAUUUCCAAGAAUGGGGCGACGAACUUUGUUAUGAAAGAGUACUAAGUCAUAUCCACAAAUUUUUAAAAGAUUUUGAUACAAAAUAUUGGAAAAAGCAACAAUCUGACACACCUUUAAGAACAUGUAAAACCGUACUCCAUACAAUGGUAAAAACACGCAGUGAUAAAGUGUUGGAAUGUUUAAAAUCGCCAGAAUUUCCUAAAGAAUCAGAAAUGGUCACCUACAUUCAUAAAUUACUUCGGCAUUUAAACAAUGAACCUAGGCCGGAAAGCAGUAAACGCAGGCUGCGUACACCACACGAUGAACUUUCAGAAAUAUUUCAUAUUAUUGGUCAACCUGAAAAUACCGACGAUGGCAUACAACAGUUGCACAGAUUUAAAAUUAAAAAUCCUAACAUAGACAUUGACCCUUAUAUUUCUAAAACUACUAAAUAUUUCCAAGAUUACAUUCAUCGAAAAUUGUCAGCCAUUGAAGACAAUUUAAAAAGUUGUUUAGUUGAACCGAAUGGUAAUACUGAUAAACCUAUUCCAAUAACCUCCACACCUAUGCGCAAGACCGAAUCAAUGGCAUCUGAAGCAGAUGGGUUCAUGAAACGUUUACAAAUAUUGAAAAUGAAAGCAGCACGUGAAGAAAGAAGUGAAGCUGCAAACGUAGAAUGUAAUGGAAAUAACAGAUCAGGAGACAGUUUUCAUGAUGAUGACCUUCCGAUGCUCAAUACGAGCCGUUCACCUCGCAAGUAACUUGAUAUUCCAUGUAAUAAUAGUUCCAUGUGCUCUGAGUUAAAAAAACCAGUAAGCUAUAAAUCCAUCACUCCCAUCAAGACUGAAGUAUAUUGCUAAAACAAUAAACCAUAUAUUGCUGUUAAAUGUGUUAUAUUUAUGUAUCCUAUUUUUUUGCUUUUUUUGUUUAUAAAUAAUGUACUCACAAUAAUUUUCAUUUUGUAUAUCAUUUGUGAGUGAAUGAAUAUUGAUUUGCUUAUUGCAUUGUAUAAUAACAUAUUAUAUAACUUAUUUUUAUAAUACAAAAUGUAGUGGAUUUUAACAAGAUUUUAUUUUUAAAUACA